AUUUAACAGGGGAAUGUUAUUUAAUAUUGGAUACAAAGAAGCUCUUUCAUUAAGCGAUGGGAAUCAAGCUCCUCUAUGUUUAAUACUGCAUGACGUCGACCUACUCUUAGAAAACGAUCGCUUGAUCUACGAGUGUUCGCAAAAUCCAACUCACUUUUCUGUUGCCGUAGAUAAGUUCAAGUACAGAAUACCUUAUGAAGAAAUAUUUGGCGGCGUGUCGGCUGUUCUAGGUGACCAAUUUAACGACUCAAACGGUUUCAGUAACGUUUACUUCGGAUGGGGUGGUGAAGAUGACGACUUUAGACAAAGAUUAUUUGAGGCUGGAUUUUCCCCCGUGCAUUAUAAAGAACAUUCUAUUGCUCGUUAUGCUAUGCUCGGGCACAACGGCAAUACGGAUUUAAAUGAGGAUAGGUUUAGUAUGCUGUAUAAGGGAUAUGACAGAUACCUUUGUGAUGGACUUAAUUCAGUGGACUAUACUGUGUCAACAACACAAUACAAAGAACACUACAUUUUUAUCAGAAUCAGCUUACCCACCGAUCUCAGCACCUCCAUUAUUUGUCAAAGCUGCUCUAAGGAUUAUAUAUCUAAAGACGCUGAUAUGAAGAAGACAAACGAAACUAUAUCAGAACUGCCUGAAAUUUGCAAUAGUGUGAAGAAUGAUUUUAAUGUAUGAAAAAUAAAUUUAGAAAUUGAGACAUUGUUAAUGCAAAUAUCAGACGGGUUGCACGGGUAGAAGUGUUAAGAAACUGGAGUAUGAAAAAAGUCAUUCAAAGUGGGAGGGGGCACGAUCGAUGUUCACGAAAUGGUCUUCUCUGGACAAUCGCCAAAGCACCCAUAUCUGAAAAUCAAUUCUUCGUUGGUCUCCGUGGAAAGAGCUAAAACCAACAUUGAAAAAUAUAAUAUCAUAGGAAUCACUGAUGACUUUGAAGAAACCAUCAAAGUGAUGGAAACAUUUUUGCCAUUUUUGCAAAAAGUAUAAAUCAAGGUUAUUCGGGGUAGAUAGUUGUAGUCGGAAGUAUGUGCCAAUAAAAAUAAAAUUUAUAAA